AUGUCACUGAUCCCUUCGCCUCCAGACCUCAAACCAACAAUCAUCCAAAUGCAAAACUCUUCAGAGAACAUAACACCUUCUGAAGAGUCGGUGGACCCUAAAUUCGUUCCUCCAAAUAACUCCCAACCUUCUGAACAACCUAAAAGGAAAAGAAGAAGAUCAAGUGCCUCUUUAAUCUCUCAGAAUGAAAUUGAAAAAAGAAGAAGAGAACACAAGACUGCUCACUCCAUAAUUGAAAAAAAAAGAAGAAUUAGAAUGAAUAGAGAAUUUGAAGCUUUAAAAUUCAUUGUACCUGCUUGCAGAAAUAAUCUAUCAACUUCAAAUAAUAAUGGGGAAGGAAUGUAUAAAUUAACAAUAUUGCAAGCAACUGUGGAUUAUAUUAAAUAUUUACACCAAGUUAUAAAUAUUCAACAAGAUGAAAUUAAUAAAAAUCAAUCAUAUCCAAAUAUAUCAGAUCAAGAUUUAGAUUUUGCUAAAAUUGAUGUUGAUACUGAUUCUUAUAGAAAUCUGGAUAUUGAAUAUGAUUUCAACAAGUUGUUUAAAGAUUUCCAAAGCCAGGCAUCCUCCUCCUCUUCAUCUUCAUCAAAUUCAAGAUCAAGUUCUGAUAGUGCUUCAUCAAAAAAAAACAGAAAUCAGACCUUAGCAUAA